AUGUUCUCAUUAUUAUCAGCAUUUAUUGUCUUUUCGAUAUUUCCCUCAGCGAUAAGUCUUAAGAUCGCAAUUAUCGGUGGAGGCAUUGGUGGUGCAUCUUCCGCAUAUUUUUUGCGGGCACUUGCACCAUCUGAAACCAACAUUGAGAUUCGCUUAUUUAAUCAAGGCAAUAUUGGAGGGCGGCUGACAACUGUUGAGAUGCAGUACAAUGGCAAGAAACGCAUGUUUGAGGCCGGUGGCAGUGUUUUACACCCUGCUAAUCUUUAUUUCAAGAACUGGAUGGAGAAGUUUGGAUUACAUAAGAAUAAGCCUCAUAAAAGGGGUAUUAUGGGCAUAUGGAAUGGUCAGGAAUUUGUGUUCCUGAAAAGUUCAUGGUAUCUCAUCACGUUUUACCGACUGCUGAAAAGAUACGGUUUUGAUCAAUUGAAAAGCCAUUUUGAAAUCAGAAGCCUUUUGUCGGAUUUCGAGAACAUUUACGCUAUGCUGGACCAGGGUAGAUCGUUUGAUACUGCGGAUGCAAUGGUAAUGGCAAUGUCAACCCAUCUUUCAAAAUUGGUAAAUAUGACAAUGGAAGAGAAUCUUGCUGACAGUGGAUAUCAUUAUCCAUUUAUCACGGAAUUUGCCAAUGCAGCACUUAACUGUAAUUAUGGACAAUCUGUUAAGGAGAUUAGAGCUUUUGCGGGGUUUGUGGGACUAUCUGGGUCUGUAUCUGGGCUUUACUCGGUUAAUGGCUCGAAUAAAAUUAUUGUCGAGAAACUGAUCGACUACUCGAAAGUUAAACUGAUUAAAGCGGAAGUGACCAGCAUUUCCAAAUGGAAUGACCAAUUUGUGUUAUAUGGAAGUGAUGGCCAGGAGCUUGACGCUAAUUAUAGUUAUGUCAUUAUUGCUGUGCCUUUACAUCAAAAGCAGCAAAUUCAAAUAGAAGAUGUAAAUUGGGAAAGCCAGCGAGGCAAUUUCAAACAAAUUAUCGCAACGUUUGUGGAGGGAUCACUGCGCGCAACACACUGGUCAUUGCCUAAGAGUUAUAUGUUGACUGCAGUAAUUUCGUGCAACAACAGUUUGUCAUACAAUUCAAUAGCACAGAUUUUACCUGUUGAUGAAGAAGAUGAAGGAAAUGAAUCCUUGACGAAAGCGGAUUCAAAUAAAAUAUGGAAAAUAUUUUCUAGCAAAAAUCUAACUGACACAGUGUUGUCGCUGUACUUUAGUAAAAUCAGAAAUGUUAAAAGGGUUUCAUUUCUGGCAUACCCAGAAUACAAGAAAUAUCCUGCUGACCGUCCUAAAUUCCGUGUAACGAAAAAUAUUUGUUUCGUGAAUGCAGUGGAAUGGUUAGCAAGUACUAUCGAAAUGAGCGCGAUUGGUGGUCGUAAUUGCGUUAACAUGCUUUUAGGUGAUUUAGAACUUAUUGGAAUUAAUAAAACUAUAAAAACGGAGCUGUAA